AAUAAUAAUAAUUAGUAUGACAGAUAAUCUCUCUUUCUCUCUCAUAGUGAUAGACAUGACAUGAGUUGCAGAAGCUAACUCCCUCCUUGUCUGUCUCUCUGUAAAAUGACAAUUCUGUUCAUGUGUUGCAUUUACUGACCUGUCGUAAAGCUUCUUAUUGAAGAGGAGAAGAGAGGAGAAGAGAAGAGAGGAGAAGAUUCCUAUCCUUGUGUUUCUCUUCUUUAAUCUCCCGCAAAACUAUUCUCUUCACUCGCUCAGUGAUGGCUCCUAGCAAGCUCAAUUCCACUGAUCCACAUGGAAAUGGAGACACAAGUUUUUCGUCUUCACAGCCAGACAAUGGAUCUAGUGAUUCACUUACGCUUUUCCAUUCUGAGAAGGCAGUGCAGGAGCUUCUUCAACAGACUCCAAUUCAGCAAACUGAUGACCAUCUUAUAGAAUUCUCAGAGGCUCUUAGAACUGUUGCAAAGGCAUUAAGACGAGCUGCUGAAGGAAAGGCUUCCGCUCAAGCUGAGGCUGCUGAAUGGAAACGUAGAUUUGAACUGGAAAGGGCUCGGAAUCAGCAACUAGAGCACAAAGGCAACAAUAUAUGUGAAAUGCUUCAAAGUUGGUGGACUCAGACUUCUAUAUAUAAUGCAAGGGGAAUGAUAAGAUUAAUGCUUCCGUGUCUUGUUUGCUGGGAAGUUUGGGAAGAACGAAAUAGGAGAGUUUCUGAAGGAAAGUCACCAGGGGAGUGUAAUACUGAUAUUGAUGCUCAGCGGGUGGAAAACUCGACUAAUCAACCCAUGCAGAGAAAUGAAACAAAUGAACUAUCUGAAAAUUGUAGUACAAAUGGGCUUUGCUCUCAUGAAAUUCUUCAUGAUGGAGAGACCGACUCCCAAGCCAAAGCAGUUCCAAACAGAAUUAUGAAAAAGGCAUCUUUCAAGCUUUCAUGGCGGUGCAAAGGUGAUAUUAGUGAUCAACACAAACAUGAUAUUGUCUCUUUUGAAAGAGGAAAUAUAACAGCUGCAGGGCGCAGCAGUAAACAGAUUUCUUUGAAGUGGGAAUCUGACCCACAGACUGUGCUGAUUAUGACCAAACCAAAUUCAACCUCUGUUCGGAUUCUUUGUGCAGAAAUGGUCAGAUGGUUGAAAGAGCAUAAAAAGUUAAACAUUUAUGUGGAACCACGCGUGAUGGGUGAACUUCUAUCAGAAUCAUCAUACUUCAACUUUGUGCAUACAUGGAAAGAUGAGAAGGAAGUUUUGAGUCUGCACACAAAAGUUGACCUUGUCGUGACUCUUGGUGGGGAUGGCACUGUUCUUUGGGCAGCAUCAAUGUUCAAAGGACCAGUUCCCCCAAUUGUGCCAUUUUCUUUGGGGUCUCUUGGCUUUAUGACACCAUUCUAUAGUGAACAUUACCGAGAUUGCCUUGAUUCAGUCCUUAGGGGUCCAAUCAGUAUAACAUUACGACACCGGUUGCAAUGCUAUGUUAUUAGAGAUGCCGCUAAAAAUGAGUAUGAAAUGGAGGAGCCUAUACUUGUUUUGAAUGAGGUUACAAUCGACCGUGGAAUAUCAUCAUUCCUUACAAAUUUGGAAUGCUAUUGUGACAACUCUUUUGUCACAUGUGUCCAAGGUGAUGGAUUAAUUUUAUCAACAACAUCAGGGAGCACUGCAUAUUCAUUGGCAGCUGGAGGAUCAAUGGUUCAUCCUCAGGUCCCUGGCAUUCUCUUCACUCCAAUUUGUCCACAUUCCUUAUCGUUUCGACCUCUGAUAUUACCUGAACAUGUAACAAUACGAGUUCAAGUUCCAUUCAACAGCAGAAGCCCUGCUUGGGCCUCAUUUGAUGGUAAGGACAGGAAACAGCUGGCAGCUGGUGAUGCACUUGUGUGCAGCAUGGCACCAUGGCCUGUGCCAACAGCAUGCCAAAUUGAUUCUACAAACGACUUUUUGCGAAGUAUCCACGAUGGCCUCCACUGGAAUCUUAGAAAGACCCAAUCUUUUGAUGGCCCUCGGGAUUUAUAAUGUUAUUUCUAACUUAAUAGGUCUUUGUAGAGGAGGGGGUAACUUGUAGUAGUUGCAAGGGAAAAACAAUCCUUAUUGUCAAUCAGCUGCAGAUGAUGAUGAAAAUUACUAGAGGCAACGGAAGUUGUUUCCCGUAAGAUCAAAUUGUCUCUAAAAUUUGUACAACUUGGCAGUCAUUCAAUGAAUAGAUACAAGCAAACAACUUGGAUGUAA